UCACGUGUCAAACUAUAAACCGCUAUUUGUUUGCGUGAAUCGAUAUUUAUUUUGGCCAGGUGCCAAACUACCAACGGGAAAGUGAGGGUUGUUUGACAAGCUAAGUAGAAUGGGGUGGGUGUGGGAGGACGAUGCUGGCGAAGCCAAUACAGCAGGCGAUGUUACCGGAUUCCAAAACCCUAAUCUAAGAUCCGAAGAUAGCUCCGAAGAUAGAUGCUCCACGAGGAGGAUCGUGAAAUCGCAGUGUCGAACUGAGGAGGUUAAGCCUGGAAAAUUUGUGAGAAAGUGCCAGAAGACUCAGCAGAUUCUCAAAGACUGCGUUGGAAGGCCUACAGAAGUGGUCCAGUCCAAUGAAGAGUAUACAGAGGAUGAUGUGACCGAUCUGGUGGUUAAAGGGUCUUCCCCCCUGGGGUUGCCAGAGCAAGGGCACUUCGACUUCCCGGGGCUACGCAGUGAUAUUGAAGCCAUUGAGCGUAACCUUUUUGGUGGCCUCAACCGUUUCUUUGAAGCAGCUGAAGAAAUGAAAAACGGGUUUUUCAGUGUAUUUGGGGCUCCACCGGUGUUUGAUGGGGAAUCUUCCUCGUCAUCAUCUACAAGGCGAGGGAUAUCUUUUGAGGGCAGCAAUCCUACAAAGGAACCAUUUAAGGCUGAGUCGGGAUAUGGUGAUCUUUCUGGAUUGGCUAGAGAAGUUUGAAAGCUAGGCCAUUUUGUGGCCAUCAUGCUCUAUAGUGGUUUAAUUUUAGGACAAUAAUGUUUUGUGGUGACCUUGUCGAUAUUGUACCUAGGCCUUCUCUUCUUUUCGUUGAAUACAGGGCAUAGAGAUAUGGCUCUACCCAUCGUAGUGCGGGGGAUAUUAAUUGAACCUUUUGACUAUGAGACUCAAAAAAUCUUAUUCUCUUCUGAAGUUUUAAACCCCCGUGUUAUGCCCCA